AUGGAAGAACAACAGAAUCAUUCUUUUAGAACCUUUUCUUUCGAAAGAAGAAAACUUCCCAACUUUUUAAUAUCUGUGAAGCUUAAAUAUGUUAAACUUGGUUACCACUAUUUAAUUUCCAAUGCUAUGUACUUAAUUUUAAUACCUCUCUUAGGAGUAACUUCAGCUCAUUUAUCAACUUUUUCACUCAAAGAUUUAAUCCAACUCUAUGAAACUCUCAAAUUCAACUUUGUUUCAAUGGCACUGUGUUCAAGUUUAGUAGUAUUUCUCGCAACCCUUUAUUUCAUGUCACGUCCAAGAGGCGUAUACUUGGUUGAUUUCGCAUGUUAUAAACCGCAACAAGAUUUAACAUGCACGCGAGAAGUUUUUGUCGAAAGAUCGAAUUUAACAAAAGCGUUUACAGAUGAAAAUCUUUUGUUUCAGAAGAAGAUACUUGAGAGGUCAGGUUUAGGGCAAAAGACGUAUUUGCCAAAAGCAAUAUUGAGUGUCCCACCAAAUCCUUGUAUGGCUGAAGCAAGGAAAGAAGCUGAAGAGGUUAUGUUUGGUGCUAUUGAUGAAGUGCUUGAGAAAACUGGUGUGAAGGCUAAGGAUAUUGGAAUAUUGGUUGUGAAUUGUAGUUUGUUUAAUCCAACACCUUCUUUGUCUGCUAUGAUUGUGAAUCAUUAUAAUUUGAGAGGGAAUGUUCUAAGCUAUAAUCUUGGUGGUAUGGGUUGUAGUGCCGGACUUAUCUCUAUCGAUCUUGCUAAACAGCUUCUUCAGGUACAUCCAAACUCAUAUGCCUUAGUAGUGAGCAUGGAGAACAUAACACUAAACUGGUAUUUCGGCAACAACAGAUCAAUGCUAGUCUCAAACUGUCUCUUCAGAAUGGGAGGAGCAGCAAUCCUCCUCUCCAACAAACCCUCUGACCGCCGCCGAGCCAAAUACCAACUACUCCACACCGUCCGGACGCACAAAGGCGCGGACGACAAAUCCUACGGCUGCGUCUUUCAAGAAGAAGACGAAACGAAAAGAAUCGGCGUCGCACUCUCAAAAGACCUAAUGGCUGUCGCCGGGGAAGCACUCAAAACAAACAUCACAACAUUGGGACCACUAGUCCUUCCCAUGUCAGAACAGCUCUUAUUUUUCAUGACGCUGGUCGCGCGGAAAAUCUUCAAGAUGAAAACAAAACCCUACAUUCCUGAUUUUAAACUAGCUUUUGAGCAUUUUUGUAUUCAUGCUGGAGGAAGGGCAGUGUUGGAUGAACUUGAAAAAAAUCUUGACCUAAGUGAUUGGCAUAUGGAGCCAUCAAGGAUGACACUUUAUAGAUUUGGCAACACUUCAAGUAGUUCUUUGUGGUAUGAACUGGCUUAUACAGAAGCUAAAGGGAGGAUCAGAAAAGGUGAUAGAACAUGGCAAAUUGCAUUUGGUUCUGGAUUUAAGUGCAACAGUGCUGUUUGGAAAGCUUUGAAGACUAUUAAUCCUGCUAAGGAAAAGAGUCCUUGGAUUGAUGAGAUUCAUGAGUUUCCUGUUCAUGUGCCUAAAGUGUCAAAAGUAAUUGAGUCUUAA